AUGUCGGCGAUAGUGGGGCACGACGACGGCUCGCCGCCGUCCCCGCUCCACCUGCUGGAGGUCACGGUCAUCUCCGCGCAGGACCUGCACCGGCGCCACCGGCUCAGCCACCGGGUGCGCGCGUACGCCGUGGCGUGGAUCGACGGCACGCGGAAGCUGCGCACGGAGGUGGACCUCGCCGGCGGGGCCGACCCGACGUGGAACGACCGGUUCCUCUUCCGCGUGGACGCCGGGUUCCUCAGGUCGGAGACCGCCGCCGUCGUCGUCGAGGUGCGCGCGACCCGGAGGUUUGGCUCUGAUGUUGUCCUUGGACGCACGGGGAUCGUGGUGAGCACGUUCGUGCGCGUGCACUCGUCCAGGCUCACUGCUGCUCCUGCGGUGGCGGUGGCGCCCACCGGCCGGCAGGUGGCGGCGCUGCAGCUCAGGCGCCCGCGGUCCCUCCGGCCGCAGGGCGUGCUCAACGUGGCGGUGACGCUGCUGGGCGCCGCGCGCGCCGUGGCGCCCAUCUACCACAUGCCGGGGUCACCGGACGCGUUCGCCAUGAAGGACCUCGUGGCGAUGAGGCCGGCGCCGUUCCUGUCCGAGAUCACGGAGGACGGCGAGGCCGAGGCGAGGGAUCUGGACUACCACGCGCGCCGCCAGCGGCCGUUGGUUGAGCACUCCGGGCCGCUGGACCCGAGGGGCGCCGCCAUCGAGCAGAGCAAGCUGGCCAUGAAGCUGGAGAAGUGGAGGGUGGAUCUGUCCCCGGACCAUGGGGAUCAUGACGGCCGCGGCGGCGGCAGGUCAGGGAGGUGGCUGCGCCGGACCUCCUGCUUCGGCCGCCAGGAGAGCUGGGAAAGGUAACUGGUGAUGAAUCAAUCAAGGCGGCCGGGUGGCAUGGCUGCAUGCAUGGCUGGCAGGAUGUGCGUAGUACAAGAGAGGUCGAUUGCUUGCCAAAUUAGUUCUUUUUUGCUCGCUAUGAACCAGUUUAAUUUGUUAUUGUUUUAUUCCUUAUCACGUCGUGUAGCACAAAUAGCAAUUAGCAAGAGGAAUAAAUUUAUUUUAGA